UCUGCCUGCCUUUACCUCCAGAGUGCUGGAAUAAAGGCGUAAACCACCACACCCAAUAGAGCUCAUUGUUUGACUAAGGUUAGGCUCAGGGUGUGACGUGAAUGGAGGCUUCUUAGGUUACUGAGAUCAGGGCUCAGUAUCUGACAAGGAUGAGAGCUCAGUGUGUGAACAGGCCCCAGUCUCAGAGCGCGGCAGGAACCAAGACUCACUGACAUACUGAGAUGAUGACUCAGUAAACAAGUUUUAGAAUUUACCGUCACACGACGACGAUCUGGGCACGGCUUUAUCCAAAGUGAGGGCUCCGAUUCUUGGAAGGGAGCAUCGGUGUGUGCGGGCCUCCAUCCCUCCUCACCUGAGGAGACUCUGGGGUAUUCUGAACAUGAUGGCUCCCGGCUUUCUCAAGGCUCAGGAUACCCCAGAGCCCCGCUGGGUUAUUGUGUCCUUAGCACCUCAAUAGCAUGUCUUGUGAUUACAGAUGGCCCCUGAGAGUUUCUGGGGAGGCAGGACCCUGAGGGCUGGCGUCACCCUGGGACUGAUUCCCAGAGGAAGCGCUGUAAUGUUUAUUGUGAGUCUUUGAUUGUGACAUUCACCCAAGGCCAGAGCAGACAGAGCCUGGGGAGAAUCUACAGAGAAUAAUCUGUCUUUGUUAGCUCUGGGGUCUUUUCUUCCAGCACAUUCUUUGUCUUAAAGCAAGGACCCAUCAAGUGUUACUGUCUCCUCCCUGGUGACCUUCUGCGUCCUUGAUCCUAAGGUACAACCCAUAGUCCCAAGGUGCCAAGUCCUGGCCUCACGCUCCCUUGUGUCCAUAGAAUACCUUUCCUGCUCCCUACCUGGUGCCUUGGAACCACAGGAAGCCACAGGAAGGCCAUACCAUUGACUCAGAAAACACUUCUGCCUGGAGGGGCCAAGGGGAUAAAUCAGAGCAGAGUUAAACAUGAUGGCAGAAACAUAAACAGCGGGUAGCUUCGGCCCAACCCCCUGCCCGCCCCACACCACUCUGCACAGAGUCCAGCGUUUAUUUGACUCACACCGGAGGCCAGGCAGCUAGGCAGCUAGCUUCGGCUGGGACCUGCCUCCUGGCUCCAGCUCUCAGCAUCCAUAUAGCCUACUUGAGCACCCAUUCUCCAGGGAAGGUCCAGAGUGGUGAUCUGGAGCUGGUCUGAGAAGAGAACUGGUUCAUCAUCCACCAGCUAUGUGUGCAAUGCUCCCAGAGGCAAUGGGAUUCCAGUGGCGUAGAGAAGAAGAGAAAUCACCGUAGCAAAGGACUUGCCUACGGAAGUACAGCUAGGACACGUAAGAGCUAGCCAGCCCUGAACUCACACAGGGCUCUUUUCUCUGGAGUCUCGUGAAGUCUGAGGACAGUCCUCCAGGCAAAUGUUUGUCUGUCCAGCAAGGACAGUCUCAGGAACCUCAACAUCUUGCUCCGUGCACUCAGUAUAGCGUCUGGGUGGAAUGGAGAGACAAACAAAAGCAUGGGUUGGGGAAUGCCAGGUACCUGGGAUAACUCAGUCUGCUUGCUUCCAGGCUCCUGGGGGUGCACUGACCACUGCCAUGCCCUCUGCAUCCCCCACGAGGCCCUGGGAUGCCGAGCUCCCCAAUGCCACUGCAGCAGCAUGGGCCAAUGGAAGUGUGUCAGAGAGGCCCCUGUUCCACCUGUUUGCCCAGCUGGAUGAGGAGCUGCACAGAGACUUCCCCAACCUGUGGUUGGCACUAAUGGUCGUGCAUGGCACCAUCUUCCUGGCCGGGCUGGUGCUCAAUGGACUAGCAUUGUACGUCUUCUGCUGCCGCACACGGGCCAAGACACCUUCGGUCAUCUAUACCAUCAACCUGGUGGUGACUGACCUGCUGGUGGGCCUGUCCCUGCCCACGCGCUUUGCUGUCUUCUACGGUGCCCAUGGCUGCCUGCGCUGUGCCUUCCCCCACGUCCUGGGCUACUUCCUCAACAUGCAUUGUUCCAUCCUCUUCCUCACCUGCAUCUGUGUGGACCGCUACCUGGCCAUUGUGCAACCCGAGGGUUCCCGCCGCUGGCGCCAGCCGGCCUGCGCCAAGGCUGUGUGCAUCUUCGUGUGGCUGGCAGCAGGCGUCGUGACCCUGUCCGUGCUGGGCGUGAAGGCUGGCGGACGAUCGUGCUGCCGUGUCUUUGCUCUGACCGUUCUGGAGUUCCUGCUGCCGCUGCUGGUCAUCAGCGUGUUCACGGGCCGCAUCAUGUGCGCACUGUCGCGGCCCGGCCUGCUACGCCAGGGCCGCCAACGCCGCAUGCGGGCCAUGCAGCUGCUGCUCACCGUGCUUGUCAUCUUCCUGGUCUGCUUCACGCCCUUCCAUGCCCGCCAGGCAGCUGUGGCGAUAUGGCCCAAUAUGCCACGCCACACAACCCUCGUGGCUUACCACGUGGCCGUGACCCUCAGCAGCCUCAACAGCUGCAUGGACCCCAUCGUCUACUGCUUCAUCACCAGUGGCUUCCAGGCCACUGUCCGUGGCCUCUUCCACCAGCGUGGAGAAGAAUCCAAACCCAGCAGUAUGGAUGUGGUCAGCAUGCACAAGAGUACCAAAGGUCGAGGCCCCCAUCAAAUCCUCAGCACUGGCUCCCACACCCUCACCCAGCCUCUGACCAAUGGGCCUGAGCCAUAGGCAGCAGUGCCCUGCCCAGGGCCUGAGGUCAAGGCUCUGAAAGGUCACCCGCCAGACACACAACCUGGGCCUGGCCAACAAGUUGACAUCCUAUUGAUCCACUGGACAUGGCUACCCGGUGUGUUGCAUUGACAAACUGAGGCCACUGUGCGGUGAUUGAUUAGCAAUGUCUGCCAGGAGCUCAGCUAGGGGAUAAUGGUGUGAAUGCUGGAGGCCUGCCUUUCCUAUGGCUGUGUGGUGUCCAGUGAACACUCAGAAAGGUAACCAGGAGCUGCUUCUAGGCUCCGUUAUUUUGUUCUCGGAAGGAGUUCCUCCAGAGAAAGCACAGAGGUGAAUGUUCUGAGGACUCCCAGGAGAGUUAAACACAACCAGCAGUCUCCAUCACCGGCAGAUGGAGAAAUAAGAACAGAAGGUCCACGUUUGGGGUUCAGGACUGUUAUCUCCAGGGAGUGGAGACACCCCCUCGAGUGCCCCUGGCCUCUCAACUACACCACCGGCCAGCAGAGCAAUACAAGUUGACCCACUGUGUGCCAGGAUUUAGGUAUCUGGCUGACACUUGAACGGCCACAACCCCCCAAAGAAGCUACUUUUAGUUUUAAACUUUUUUUUUCCAUGCAGAGGGGGAGGUGACACAGACACCACCCCUGGUCAACGGUAGGGUCAAAUCUAAGACCCACUCCCACAGCCUCCAGCAUCCCAGCUCCUGCUUCCAUGGCUACCUCCCAGAUCCGGAAGACCCUCCCCAGGAACGCUCCUGAAUCCACUGCCUGAUGCCCCAGACUCUGUGAGGCCCCAGCCCUGUCCAGCGGGUGAAGACCUAGGAAUAAAGAUACAAAGUAACUCAAACUCUGGGCCUCCAACCUAGGGCCUCUGCGCUCCUAGGCUCUCUCCUCUGCCAGCCAGAGCUCCCCUGGAGAUGGACUCUGAUCACCGUCUCUGAGCGGGACUCCAAGGGGGUCUCAUGCUUGUCUGUCUCAAAUUCUGGGCUCCUGGUGUUUGGGGGAGGGGUCUGUGGUGUAGGAGCAGGCUCUGAGUCAUAAUCCCCGAAGCAGGUGAGGUAGGAUCUGGGCCCAGAUUGUACCCUGGUCUAAUGAGAAGUCUCCUAUGUUCCAGGGACCUGGGACCUGAGUGGCUGGGCACGGGAGGCAGGUGGGGCAGGGGUAGGGUACAAAGGGUCUCUAACUGGCUCCAGACAGAGUACCCCACCCAAGCUCGGGGAGACUGUGUGAGAGCGAGAAAGCCAGUCAGGGCCCCACUUUCCAGCAAGGAGUCUAGGCUUGGGAUAGAGCUGAGAGCUAAAUUGCUAGCUCAACAUGCAUGGGGUGCCCUGGACUCAACUCCCAGUACAGCACAACAGAGCAAAAAACGGACAAGAACCUGAGGUUUGGAGUAAAGGUGUUGUGGGGGCCGUGGGGAGAGCAGAACCCUUGAAUAAUCAGAGGUCAGUCUUGUCCCCACUAAUCCCAAUUAGGUGUCUAGGACAUCGUGAGACCACUGGGGUGAGAUGACAAUGGAUUGUAUUUCUUGGCCGACAUGACCUAAAGUCCAGACAUCAAAGAUAUACCAGGAAAGACAGUGGGGCAUGGCCCUGCUUGGGGCUACUUCCUGUCUGUAGACCUGAGAAGCAGGGGGCAAUAUCAUGGCACUUUUUUUUUUCUUUUUGGUUUUCUGAGACAGGAUUUC